UUGCCCACCCAACAUUUGUUUGCAAUUUAGAGAAAUAGCAUCACUAUUUUUCUUUGGCAUGUGAAAGCAAAAGCAAAAAAACCGCAAAAUGCAAAAACAAAAAGAAGAGUGUAAAUUAAAACAGGGUUGUUCAAAUUUGUGGCGAAUUGACAAUAUCAACGAUUUUUUCAGUACAUGUUUAAAGCAGGGUUGCUAAAAAACUUACAAAUAAACCCAAACAAUAAGACAAAAGUGAAAAGACAGAAAAAAAAUAAAUAAAAAUAAAACAUUCCUUCGAAUUACAAAAUUAAGCAAUUAUUUAAAAAAAGGAACGUAUAUUUAUUUACUGGGUUAUAAACAAAUUAAAAAUAAAAAAAAAACGUUUUUACAUAUCUAUUUUUAAAUACCCAACUACUAACAAAUUUUGCAACAUUGCUAAAUUGCUGAUAUAACAACCCUGGGUGACAUCACUGAAUAGCAGUAACAACAACAACAACAAAGAGAACUUAAAAAGAGAAACAAACACAAUUCGCCGCCAUUUUUUUUGUGAUUGCAAUUUGUCAGUUGAAUUUUCGAAUUAAGAGCGAAUUUAUUACUGUGUAUUUGUUGCCUUUUGCUUACAACUACAGCAACAUUAUUUUAGUUAAGACUUGGAAUUAUUAUUUGUUGUGUUUUAAUAACGCCAUAGCUCUGCAGCUGUUUUGUUUUUAUUUUAUUUUUUAAUUUUAUAUUAACCAACAAAAGCUUUGUGAGUAAUCAUCAUCUUAACGGUUUGGAAAAAAAAUCUUUUAACUUUAAAUUAAUUAAAAAUAUAUUGUAUGGAAAUUUAAAAAAAAAAACAAAAAAAUCAACUACAACGAGUAUAGUGAAGUGAAAACCCCCACACACAAAUUACAAAAGCAAAAAAAAAAAAAAAAACACUAAAAAAGCAAAAACAAAAAGCAUUAUUACAAUUAAGGAGGAGACAUACGGUGAAAGAUUGGGGAAAAAACACGAAAUUGUCAAAUAUAGAAAAAUUUGCGACAAGAAGGAAGUGUUUUAAAAGUGGAAGAAAGAAAUUGAAGUUUUAAUAAAAAAAAGUUAACAAGAGCUAAAAAAUAUUUGAGAAAUUUACUUGAAAAAUAGAAAAUUAUAACAAAAGAAACUUCAAUUAAAAGAAAUUUCCCAAGAAUAAGACAAAAAAAGUUUUUUUUUUGGGAGCAAUUACUAACACCUCUGCUGGCAGCAAACAACAACGAAAGCGUGUAUGUGUGCGUGUAAAUCUUGGAGCUGUAAACGCUAACAGAGAUUUUUUUGCUGCUCCGGCUGACUGCUUGCUGCUGAAACGUGUAAGCUGGUUGCCAUUCAACUGAACCUACGCCAAAAAUUAUACAAAAACUACAACAACAACUAAGAAAAACAAAAAACAACAACUCCCACUAUGGAAUACAUUUCAAUUGGAAAAAGUGUCAAUAUAAAACGUACCGACGGCCGUGUACAUUCCGCGGUCGUCUCCAAAAUCAAUGAGUCGGGCAAAUCCAUUACCGUGGAAUGGUAUGAACGCGGCGAGACCAAAGGCAAGGAGGUAGAACUUGAUGCCAUUCUACUACUCAAUCCCGAAAUACUCGAACAGGCCGAACAGGAGGAGCCUUUGCAUACUGCACCGGAACCCAAAAAAGUAGCUACCGCGCCCAUAAAUCUUUCACGCAAUGCUACACAAGGCGCUAUAGGUCAUCGUACCAAUCGUGCCACUAUAAAUUCCUCCAAUAUUUUAUCCUCCGCUUCGGUGGCUGAGCAUGUAGAAAAUAUACCUCCACAAGCUUUACCACCACCCACUACCGGCAUUGUACGUUCACGCACCACCAAUAAUGCCUCGCGCCUAGCUUCGGCCUCUAAUUUGGGUGGUGGUGGUGGCGGCGGCCUUACCAAUACCUCCUCUAUAGGCAAUACAUCUUCAUAUGGUGGUAGCGGUUCUGUUAGUGCCGCUAAUAAUGCCUCCAUAGCAACUGGCAAUGUUGGUGCUCGUCGCUCCUAUGUGGUGAAAGAGGUUGAACGUCUUAAGGAGAAUCGUGAAAAACGUCGUGCCCGCCAAGCUGAGAUUAAAGAAGAGAAAAAUGCCUUAAUGAAUCAAGAUCCCGGUAAUCCCAAUUGGGAGACCGCUCAAAUGAUACGUGAAUAUCAAUCUACCCUGGAAUUUAAUCCAUUAAUUGAUGGCCAAGCCGUUGAAGAUCAUCAAAUUACCGUUUGUGUACGUAAGAGACCAUUAUCGCGCAAAGAGUUAAAUCGCAAAGAAAUUGAUGUGAUUUCGGUGCCACGCAAGGAUACGCUUAUUGUACAUGAGCCGCGUAAUAAAGUGGAUUUAACAAAAUUUCUGGAAAAUCAUAAAUUUCGUUUUGACUAUGCCUUCGAUGAUCGCUGUGACAAUGCUAUGGUUUACAAAUACACUGCAAAACCUUUGGUCCAAACUAUAUUUGAAGGUGGCAUGGCCACCUGUUUUGCCUAUGGUCAGACUGGUUCGGGUAAAACUCAUACAAUGGGUGGUGAAUUUAAUGGCAAAAUACAGGAUUGUAAAAAUGGUAUAUAUGCCAUGGCAGCUAAGGAUGUGUUUACCUAUUUGAAUGGGCCACGUUAUCGUCAUUUGAAUCUAGUGGUAUCGGCCAGUUUCUUUGAAAUUUACAGUGGCAAAGUUUUUGAUUUACUCUCAGAUAAACAAAAACUUCGUGUCCUGGAGGAUGGCAAACAGCAGGUACAAGUUGUUGGUCUCACCGAGAAGGUAGUCGACAGUGUUGAAGAAGUGCUCAAACUUAUACAGCACGGCAACAAUGCUCGCACCUCCGGCCAGACCUCAGCCAAUUCAAAUUCAUCACGUUCUCAUGCAGUAUUUCAAAUUGUUUUACGUCCUCCCGGCUCCACAAAAAUUCAUGGUAAAUUCUCUUUUAUCGAUUUGGCUGGUAAUGAACGUGGCGCCGAUACCUCGUCGGCUAAUCGUCAAACCCGUAUGGAGGGUGCCGAAAUCAAUAAAUCUCUAUUGGCUUUGAAAGAAUGUAUUCGUGCUUUGGGUAAACAAUCGGCUCAUUUGCCCUUCCGUGUCUCUAAGUUAACGCAAGUUUUACGUGAUUCUUUUAUUGGUGAUAAAAGUAAAACCUGUAUGAUUGCUAUGAUUUCACCGGGUUUAAGUUCGUGUGAACACACACUUAAUACUUUACGUUAUGCGGAUCGUGUUAAGGAGUUAGUGGUCAAAGAUGUAUUACGUGAGGAUGAUGUGUUGCGUGAAGAAGAUACCGAACAGUUAAUGUAUGAAGAGGAUGAAGAGACUAAUAAUGUACAGCAUGUCCAGCAGAGGCCCAUUAAGCAUAAUAAUCAUACUAAUCAUAAUAAUAACAAUAAUAAUAAGAACAAUGGUCAGAUGUCGGCGAGUGAUUUGGCAUUGUUGCGUUCGUUGAGCGAACAUGAUAUGUCCGAUGAAUUACUUGUCCAACACGCUGCUAUUUCCGAUCUACAACAAACCGAAGAAAUGGUUGUUGAUCAACAUCGAGCCAUCAAUGAAUUCCUAACACAAUUUCUACCCGAAUCUAUGCGUCUAUAUAAUUUAACCAACUAUGUCGAUUAUGAUCAAGACUCUUACUGUAAAGAAGGUGAGGCCUAUUUUACACAACUGGCCGAGAUGGCUACCAUGUGUCGGGAUUUAAUGGCUGAUUUUCGGGCAAAAAUGGCUAAAGAAGAAAUGCUUUCAUGCACAGUUAAACCACCAGGCAAACGUUAAAAACUAAAUAAGUAAUAUAACAAAAAUUCCCUUUUUU